AUGGAAGAGGGAGAGAGCAGCCCCUUGCUGUCUCAGGGUACGGCUGGCCAAGAGCGGUCGCCCACCAGGAACAGUCCACCUACUUCAAACAUCCUAGGCCCAGAACUCUGGAAGGAGCAGGUAGGGGCCUGGGGCUGCAGAUGCUGUCCCGGGGCAAAGCACCAGGCCUGGAAGGAAGGCCAGGCCUCCUCCCUCCCACUGUCCACAGGAAGUAACUGUGUCAAGUAUCUGACUUUCCUCUCUAACUUCUUCUUCUCCCUGCUGGCCCUGGUGGCCCUGGCAGCAGGGCUCUGGGGGCUGGCUGUCAAAACGUCUCCAGAGAACAGCUGGGGUGGAGCCCUGCCGGCAGACCCCAUGCUGGUGCUGGUGCUGGGAGGUCUGGUGGUCAGUGUGGUGAGCCUGUCUGGAUGUCUGGGUGCCCUCUGUGAGAACAGCUGCCUACUGCGCUUCUACUGUGGAGCUGUCCUCAGCUGCCUGGUGCUGGAGGCUCUCGCAGGGACGCUGGUGGUGGCCCUCUGGGGCCCACUGCAGGAGGGCCUGAAGAACGCCCUGCAUGCUGCCAUCAUCCACUACCGCGAUGACCCAGACCUGUGCUUCCUCCUCGACCAAGUCCAGCUGGGGCUGCAGUGCUGUGGGGUGGUUUCCUACCAGGACUGGCAACAGAACCUGUACUUUAACUGCAGCUCUCCCGGGGUACAAGCCUGCAGCCUUCCUGCCUCCUGCUGCAUCAACCCCCAGGAAGGGGGAGCUUUGGUGAACACUCAGUGCGGCUUUGGGGUUUUGCACCUGGACCAGAAUGCGGCUGGACAAGUGGUGCACCUGCAGGGCUGCUGGCCUGUGCUGCAGCAGUGGCUGCGAGGGAACAUGCAGACCAUAGGUGGCUGUGUCAUCACUGUGGUCGCCAUCCAAGGGGCUGAACUCCUGUUGGCCACCUGCCUGCUAAGGGCCCUAGCUGUACCAAAGACAGCAGAGAACACAGAACCCCAACCUCUGUGA